GCGUUCGCGAUACUAGCGUUUCUUUCCACAAGAUUUUACCGUUAGUGUACAAACACAGAGAGAGAGAGAGAGAGAGAGAGAGAGAGAGAGAGAGAGAGAGAGAGAGAGAGAGAGAGAGAGAGAGAGAGAAAUAUUAGAAGUGUUUGAACAUUUUCAAGCUAUUUUAGUGAUUUUAAAUUCGAUGAAUACAUCGAUUACACUGUUCUUAUGGAUCACUUUUCUUUCGAGUUUAAAGAUUCAAUUUCACGCGCGAAAAUAUUGAUUUUUCCCCGAAGAAAAUCGAUCGGUACAUUGCGAUCAGGUGACAAAGAGGUCAAAGAACGCACUUGUUUUUCUUGAAUUCAAAUUACGAUUGGAUAUGUAGUGUUACGUAGGAUCUCUUGAGUAAAUUCACGUGAAAGGGCAGAUGCACGAAUAGAUAUUUUUUCUCUGGUAUUCAGCACCACGGAAGAUAACAUUACCUCAUCAUUAUCGACACAUCUACUACUAGAUCGCUGUCCAAAACUCGUAAUAUGGAGGAUAACACACCAAAAGUUCUAAAGAAGUGGAAAAGUAAAUCUCGUGGAAAAUUUAUUGGGAAAUUAGUGAAAAGACGAAUACCGAUUUUGGAGUGGUUGCCUAAGUACGAUUCGGAAAAAUUUUUCAACGAUGCAAUCGCUGGUGUCACUGUUGGACUCACCGUGAUGCCGCAAGGAUUAGCUUAUGCGACUUUAGCCGGUUUGGAGCCUCAGUAUGGACUCUAUUCUGCUUUUAUCGGUGCUAUGGUUUACGUCAUAUUUGGCUCUUGUAAAGAUAUUACGAUUGGUCCGACAGCACUCAUGGCUUUAAUGACCCACGAAUAUGUUCAAGGAAGAAGUCCUGAUUUUGCUAUUCUUCUUGCAUUUUUAACUGGAUGUUUACAAUUACUGAUGGCCUGUUUGCAUUUAGGUGUUUUAAUCGAUUUUAUAUCCGUACCAGUGACCGUAGGAUUCACAUCAGCCACAUCUGUUAUAAUAGUGGCAUCCCAAUUAAAAGGCCUUUUGGGAUUAAAGAUCACAUCUCAAGGAUUCUUGGAUACUUUGAUAAAAGUCUUUCAAAAUAUUCACCAGAUAAGUCCUUGGGACAGUGUAAUGAGUUUCACUUGUAUUAUCAUUCUUUUAUCAUUUAGGAAAAUGAAGGACAUCAAGUUAUGUUCCGACGAAAAAAAAGCACCAACCUGUCAACGGAUAUUGUCUAAAACAAUAUGGAUGCUUUCAACAGCACGAAACGCUAUUAUCGUCAUUAUUUGUUCAGUAAUUGCUUACAACAUGAACACGUCCGAGUCUAAUAAUCCUUUUAUUCUAACUGGUAAAGUACGAUCCGGUCUUCCAUCGUUCGGUCCACCACCAUUCUCAACUCAAGUUAACAAUCAUACCAUCGGCUUUAUGGAAAUGUGUUCAGAAUUAGGAACGUCCAUAGUAUUAGUCCCAAUUAUCGGAGUACUCGGCAAUGUAGCAAUUGCGAAAGCAUUCGCCAAUGGUGGCAAAAUAGAUGCCACGCAGGAACUUCUUACCUUGGGAAUUUGUAAUCUUCUUGGAUCCUGCGCCAGUGCAAUGCCCGUUACAGGUUCCUUUAGUAGAUCCGCAGUGAAUCAUGCUAGCGGUGUAAAAACUCCGAUGGGUGGUUUAUACACUGGUGUACUAAUUUUGCUAGCUCUUAGUCUUCUCACUCCAUAUUUCUACUUUAUUCCAAAAGCAUCAUUAGCCGCAGUUAUUAUUUGUGCCGUUAUAUACAUGAUUGAGUACGAGGUCGUAAAGCUCAUGUGGAAAUCUAGCAAGAAAGAUCUCAUACCGAUGUUUGUUACCUUCCUUUUUUGUCUCAUUAUUGGAGUGGAAUAUGGAAUUUUAUUGGGCGUUGGCACUAAUUUGAUAUUUUUGUUAUAUCCAUCUGCACGACCAACUGUACACGUAGAUAAGUGCACCACCGAUUCUGGAGCAGAAUAUCUUUUAAUUACUCCAGGGAAUAGCUUAUAUUUUCCUGCUGUAGAUUUUAUUAAACAAUCUGUCGGUGAUGCAGGAGUGAAGGAAGGUUCUAGUCAAUUGCCAGUAGUCGUUGAUUGUAGAUAUGUUCUAGGUGCAGAUUUCACAGCUGCUAAGGGUAUAGCUACGUUAAUCAGCGAAUUUAAUAAUCGUAAGCAAAGCCUAUACUUUUUAAAUCCGCGAUCUGAUGUUGUGGCCGUAUUAAAAGGUGCUUGCGGUGAAGAAUUUCGAUAUGUAUCUACUCAAGAAGAACUUUCGUACUUAUUAUCGACAAGUCAAGAUAAAUCAUCCCGACAAUUACUAGAAAUAUCUAGGGAUAAAAGUAAUGAGCCAUUAUUAUUAAAUAAUUUAGGAGUUAUUCAUAGAAGUAAUCGAUCAUCAGCUCAUGAGCUAAGUGAAGUUACAACCACACUGUUACAUGCUACGGCUAGUUGAAAUGUAAUCAUUUCAAAUAUAUGACAAUUAUCUUA